AUGGCCACAUCCCAACGUUUGGCCUUCUCAUUCAUUCGGGAUGGGUUCAAGUUCCGCAUGGGCAGAUUAUAUGAGACAUUCUGGUAUUCCCAGAGCAAUCUGAAGUGGGUACUAGUUUUCGGCUACCCAGCUCUUCUGUUUUGGGUACGUUGGCGAGCGGACCAUCAGUACAAGUACCGCAUCUAUGUGGCGGAUAGAAAUGUAACCCCUGACACUACCAAGAAGGUGUCCCUGUGGGGUAAGGAAUAUGGUCAGUGGAGUAACGGCAAGCCAGUGUAUCAACAGGCUACAGCAACGGUUCAGGACCUAAAGGCUGCUGUCUACGGUGGUAAGGAUAAAGUCCCUGAAUCGGUCCGAGCAGGUUGCCAUGGCCGAAUGUUCGAGGACACAGACAACCUAGCUCUCGCGGUCCGGUCCUUCUGUAAGAGGGACCCUAUGAUAGUGUUCUGGGAUGAGGUCACUGCGCAGAAGCAAAUCCAACCUGCCCAGUAA